AUGGACAAGGCACAAGCCUCCGCAGAUAGUGAUUCUAUGUCAGUGUGUGAUACAAGAAGGAUGAAGAUGACGGCAUUGAAGACAAUUCAUGCUGGUUUGCUGAAGCAACUCAAGCGCUGUAAGUCAGCAAAUCAAGAAUGUCUUUUGGAAAAGAAGCUUGGCAAGAUGGACCACAAGAUGCUAUUGGAGGCUGACAAAUUUGACAAGGUAGCAACAACUGGUUCCCUUUCAAUUACUAGUAAUCCGUUUGCUAGUAUUGGUGGUAAGUCAUCAUCUCCCAUUCCCAUUGAGACUUCAGUCUCUUCAACUUUGGAUAAUGAUGAUGAUGACAAAAUUCCUACUUGGACCAGCAAUUAG